AUGAAAAUUGCUAAUAACUUUCUACGUAAUGCAGAUUUCUUUGGGACCCCUUUUGUCCAAUAAAUAAAUGAAAAGCAAUCCAUUUACAAAAGUGCAAUUGGAGGAUUAAUAACAUUGAUUAUAUUUUCAGCGAGUUUGGCAUAUACAAUCUGGAUAUUAUAUUAAUGGUAAACGAAUUAGUUUAGCCCAAAAAUAUCUCAUUCUUUAUAUAUUUCAGAUUUCAAACUAAUCGAUUUCAACUAUGAUAUUGUAAAAAUAUAUUUCUGGAAACUCGAUGCCACCUAUGUUGAUCCGUUUGAAGAAAAGGUUCUUUUGCCAGUAUUGUCCUUUAUGAAUUUUGAUGGAUCAAUUACCAGCAGCGUAAUUAAAAUGUCUGUUGAGACAACAUCAGAUGGAAAUAAGUACUUUUUGCCAAAGCUUCAUUUUGGUGAGGAAUAUCAGAAUGGAAACUUAUACAUCUCAUCUGACGCAACCAUUUUGUUUAUAAAAUGCUAAUAAGAAUAUUUGGAAGAUGGGGAUUCGUGUGCUAAUUAAGAAAAAUCUGAUUAAUUUUUUUCUCAACCAUUUAAUGUAAUCACAACAGAAGUUACAUAUAAAUCAAUAGAUUCCAAUAAUGGGGAAACUAAAACAAGCACUUAAGAAUACUAUUUUCAAGUAGAACCAAGUAAUUGCUACACUCUAAACAUCUUUCUUUAAAGCAACCUUUAUGAGGUAAGAGAUUAUUUUCUCUUUGGAUCACCAAAAAUUUAGGAAUAUAUAAAUGGAGCAUUCAUACAAACUCAAACAAAUACAUUUAAUUAUUGCAAAUUAGCCUAUGGGAAUGAUGCCUUAGGAGUAGUUUAUCUAACAAUGUAGGGAAAUUAAGUUAAAACCAUUUUUGAAUAUCCUCAUGCAGGAGAUCUCUUGGCAAAUAUAGGGUCUAUAGUAUCUUUACUGUUUAUGAUCAAAUAUAUUAUUAUUUUGUUGAAUUAGCAUUUUUUACAGGAGAACUUAAUACAUUCAAUUAUUAGGAUUUAUUAUCCUCAAUUUAAAAAUGUCAAAAUUUAAAAAAAUUGGAAGUUUUAGAUAAAUAAGGUUAAGAUAGGGGAUAAGUUCGUAGAUGUAAAUUAGUUCCAAUCGUUUUAUAAUAAAAUAGUGGAAAAAAUUUAAAAUAAAAUGAGUUAUUUAAACCUCUUAUAUGAAAUAUCUAGACUAUAUUUUAUAAUUAGAUCUAGUCAUUCGAGGGAUGUGAUUAGGAAAACCCAUUAAAUAGGCAUAAGAAUGGGUUUCCUUUAAGAUUUAGAAUUAUUUCAGGAUUUUAAUUCAAAAUCAGAAUAUUCGUCUGAUGGCUUAUUUUAAUUGAAUGAUGAAGAUGUAUGCAUUUUAUCUGCUGAAGAGAGAAUGUAAAUUGCAUCCGGUGAAAAGAUACCAGAGGAAAUAAUCAACCAAUAUGAUUUUUUUGAGAUAAAUAAAAUAAUUUGA